UUUAAACUUCCUCAAUGAUAACCGAGCACUUGUUUAACUUUUAGGCGGACAAGUGAAGUGAGAAAUCAUUUACAGUGGCCACACUUAAAAGCAGACAAGAUGUAGGACGAUCCAUGCAAUAGCUAUGAUGGCUACCAAGUCAUCAAUUAUCUGUUUUGUUCUGUCUUUAUUAAUAGACUCUCUUCUAAGUGAAUUAGUUCAGAAUCAUUUAUGUUGGUUCGGGAACAUCGAGUGUUUAUGUUUUCAUUAUGAAAAGGGAAUUCGUGUCAAUUGUUCGAGACGGAAUCUCAGUGUUAUACCAGUUAUAAAUGACAGCAUCACGUGGUUAGAUCUCAGCAACAACAGGAUCAGGACUAUUGAUUCAAAUAGCACAAAAUUGCCAGAAAAUCUUAUUUAUCUCGAUAUAUCUGAAAAUAACUUAACAACUUUAAAAGGAAAUCCAUUCAAGCAUUUAACAAAACUUCAAGUUUUGAACCUCCAAGGGAAUCAGUUCGAUUAUUCAGCUCACGAGAAACUAUACGAAACACUGUCGGCCUUAAAAGUUCUGAACAUAAAGGGAAAUAAAGUCGACUUGAAAAACAAAAUAAUCUUUCCAGGAGAUGCUUUUGCAAAUCUUUCUUCAAUUUCAACUGUUAAAAUGAAUGGAAGAGCAAACACAAAGUUUGGGAAAAGUUUCUUGAAUUUAAGGAAUUUAAAGUUUUUAGAUAUGUCGGGGUUCGAAAGCAAUUGUUUUCUUGAACAUAUUGAUUCAAAAAUGUUCUCCAAUUUUCAAUUCCUUGAGGUUUUGGAUGUUUCCUACUGCAACGUAAAAGAUGUUGAUAAAGGAUCGUUUAGCAAUAUGACAAAAUUACAGUAUCUUAACAUUUCAUAUAAUCGUGAACUAGGUUUUGCAUCUAUGCCUAACGUGACUUACAAUUUGAACAAAACUAAUAUAAAAUCCCUGAGUAUUAACGGAGUUAACUGUGUAGCCGGGGUUGGAAAAGAACUGAAAUGUCAUCAUCUUCUUUCUCUUAAAGAAACCAACUUAACAGAAUUAUAUGCAGCCAGUAACCGAUUAGAAAUCUUAGAACCAGGAGUCCUAACCAAUCUUCCAAAAACUCUCGAGAUAUUCUCGUUGGCCGAAAACAAGUUAACGUCUGGACUCUAUAUACUAUAUUUUGAUUUGCUGGGAAACUUGCGAGUAUACAACUCUAGCUUUCAGAAGCAUCCUCCAAAGUUUCCUUAUUCCAUUGUGGAUAACUGUAAAGAAAAGAGAGAAUCUUUUGAUGUUGUUUCCCAUUGCCAAGAAGUUGCAAAUGAACAAUCUCUUAAACUUAAUGGACGUUGGAAAAACUUUACUGUGCAUUUUCCACGAAAUCUGGAAGAAAUUCAUGCUUACUCCAGUCGACUUUAUUUUAAGAUUCCAGCGUUUAAUAUCUCUGCUCCGAGUCUCCGAAUUGUAAACUUACAAGAUAACAUUUUGUACUCUUUGGAAGGUCCUGUUCACAUUAUACCAUCAAAUAACCAAAUAACGUUGGAUAUUUCGAAUAAUUUUUGCUCCCACAUAUCCCCCUCAGCAUUUAAAAACGGUGCACAACUUCAAACUUUAAAUAUAUCCCACAAUGACAUAGGCCAAGAUCUGGAGAAAGAUGAGAUGGGCAAAACGUUUGAAACUUUUGUUUCUAUUGAGAACUUAGACAUGUCAUUCUGCAGAAUUUACAAACUUUCAAACCUAGUGCUGAAGAAUUCUUCUAAGCUUACGUAUCUUAAUGUAAGUAACAACCAAAUAUCAAGAUGGAAUGUAAAAAUUGAUCAUAUGACAAAAAUAUCUUUGAUAGACCUCUCUCAAAAUCGGAUAAGGUCAUUUGAUGAAAAAAAUCGCGUACAUUUGGAGAAAGCCUUUCGGAGAUCAAAUUUAUUGGUCGAUCUUUCUGGCAACCUUUUAGGUUGUUCGUGUGAUAAUCAACAUUUUCUGAAAUGGUUGGGGAUAAACAAAGCUAAUUUCUUGGGUAUUCCGCAUUAUCAGUGCUCAUCUAAUCAAUUACCAUUUUCAUUUAAAUAUUUGGACAGUUCUAUAACCUCAUUAGAGAAGAACUGUAGAUCAUUUCUGACUUGGUACAUAACAGGAUCUGUUUCACUUGCCGUAUGCAUCAGCUUGUUAACAGGAAUUUUGCUUGUUAAAAACAGAUGGAAGAUCCGCUAUAUUGUGUACAAAACGAAACUGAAAUUCCGAUCCAGAGACAAAUUAAAUGUAGAAAAUUCCACAAGUCUAAACUACGAAUACGACGUUUUUCUAUCUUACGCUGGAAUGGAAAGAACAUUUGUACUGAAGGAAGUCAUACCUCGGCUUGAAACCAAUGCUGGAUUACGUCUCCUGGUAAGAGACAGGGACUAUCUUCCAGGGUUUUCAAAAGUGGACUGUAUUAUGACUGGAAUUCACGAAAGUAAGAAAGUUCUCUGUGUUGUUUCAAAACGCUAUUUAAAAUCAAAGUGGCGUGACUAUGAGCUAAACAUGGCAAAAGUGGAGGAAAUUAAGGAUCGUGAAAGCACAGAUUUUGUUAUUCUUAUUUUGUUACCGGAAGUUUACAACAGUGGAUAUCCAAGUAAGGUUAUGGACCUUGUGAAGAAAGACUGUUUUGUUGAAUAUCCAGAAGAGCCAUGUGCUUUUGACGACUUUUGGGAAAAACUAAUUAAAAUGCUGAGGAAUGAUUAAUCGAAAGUUUCUAUGCAAUAUUUCAUUCCAAAGUACAAUUGUUUCGACUGGUCUUAUCAUUCGAAAAUGUAUGCAAAAUAAAAGCAAUAUUCUAGAAAGUCUUAGCAUAAACAUUUUUAGGGGAAAAGAUAGUUCUAAGUAGCAAAUGAAUAUGCGUAUGAAUAAAUUUGGGAAAGAUUAAUAA